AAUGGAGGAACAACACAAUUCGGUGCUUCAAAUCGACCACUGCGAGGCGAAAAAGACACUUUGUGGGAAGGUGGCACAAAAACAACCACUAUUGUACAUGCGCCCAAAUCCAUUCACAUGAACGGAAUCAGACCGCAGUUAUUUCAUGUCGUCGAUUGGCAUGCAACGAUGUUGGCCAUAGCUGGCUUGGACAUACAGUCAUACGGUGACGGUAUCAACCAGUGGAAUUAUAUCAUCACUGGCAUUCCAAAACUUCGACGAUUUCAAUUUGUUUACAAUAUUGAUGAGCAUGGCUCAGCGAUACGAGACGGCGACUUCAAACUAAUUCUCGGUAACCCAGACCGGCGAAUACAAGGAGAUCACGGAAAAGCUCGACUGUAUCGAAUUACAGAAGAUCCUGGUGAAAGCAAUGAUCUCUCAAAAGUUCAUCCAGGUAUUGUUCAUCGGUGCAAAAAACGACCCAAUAAUAAGCGAGGAUGGAGAUGCCCUGCGGGCGGUACACGUGGAAAGUGGCGCUUUCCCGGCGACUACACCGUCCCUACCUUACAUCGACCAAUGUACAUAAGCCACAAGAUCGUUCUCGGCGCAGCAAACCCUAACAUCACCCACUCGGCUCAGCAAACCCUAACAUCGACCAGGGAAUAUACUUAA